AUGACAAAAUUCAGACGGUUUUCGAUACUUUUUACACUCGUUGUGAUCUCUCUAUCGAAUGCUCAAACGACAACACCAAGCACAAAAAAAGUGGCUCAAUAUGGCUAUCAAGGAAACACAGCAACACCACCAAAGUCACAACCAUACACAGGUCAACCAUUUGUUUAUUCAACGACGAUGAAUCCAACACUAAACGCUGAAAGAGCGGCCGGAAUCCUUCCGAAUUCUGUGCAAAAUCGAAAUUCCCGUCAAAUCCAAUACCAAAGUAGCACCUAUUCACCGUUUGGUUCAACGCAAUUCCCAAAUCAGUACAAUAAUGGCUACAACAAUAACCAACAGAUGACUAACUCGCAAUACAGUAACUCCUAUAAUCAGCAAUAUCCGUACACUUCUCAGCAAAUGGCCUACAACAAUGGAUACAAUUCUCAAUACAACGCUCAGAGCUCAACCCCAUCCUCGUAUUUGUUGAGAGAUCAGAAUUGGAAUUACAACUAUCGCCCAUUCAAUCAAGGAUACAGUAAUGGAUAUAAUGGACAGGCUCUCUACAAUCCACUCUCAAAUCAAUACACGAGUCCAUCGUCGUUCAAUCAACAAAAUGGUUACCAAACGAAUUGGAAUUCGAAUUAUCAAAGCAACUUCGGCACUCCGUACAAAAGAUCGCAACGAAAACGGAGACAAAACUCGUACUUGGCCACUUCAAAUGCACAAAGCACCGUCUCUUCUCCGCUCUACUCGAACGGUCAAUCGAACGCUUUCAUCAAUCCGCAAUUCGAUCCGAAUCCCCAAAAUGCCAAUCCGGCGAGUCUCAUUCAGAAUCCCAACUACAAGUAUUUGACACCUGGCUUGGAGAAUCUUUACAUCUCGAGCUACAAUCGAAUGUAUGAUCCAUCGGGCAACGCGAAUUUCAUCCAACCGACGACUCAAUCGCCAAUUUUAUCGAAUGACGCUCAAAAUCAGCUCAACUAUCAAAAGAUUCAACAAGACUAUGUCGGUGGACGCGAUAAAUACCAACAAGAUAACAGUGAGGUGACAAAUAAUAUCUAUGGAUAUGAUUAUUCUUCAUCGAGCACACGAUUUGGAAGAAAA